GGCAUCUGCAUCUCUCUGGAACGUCCCAGAGCUUGCAUUAACUAGUCUAAACCGACUUAUAGGAAACCUUCUAUAUAUACCCAACCCAAUUCUGGCGUCUCCCUCAAAUCAGAAGCGACCUCCGCAACAUAUUAAGCUGCAUUACAGUUCAUCAACUUCUCUCUUGAAGAAACAAAUGGCUGAAGAGGUGAUUCUUUUGGAUUUCUGGCCCAGCCCAUUUGGGAUGAGGGUGAGAAUUGCUCUGGCGGAGAAAGGGAUCGCCUAUGAUUACAAGGAAGAGGACCUGAAGAACAAGAGCCCUCUGCUCCUGGCGAUGAACCCCGUCCACAAAAAAAUCCCAGUCCUCAUCCACAAUGGGAAGCCCGUCUGCGAGUCUCUCAUCGCGGUUCAGUAUAUCGACGAGGUGUGGCACGAUAAGUCGCCGCUGCUGCCGUCCGAUCCUUACGAGAGAGCUCAAGCCCGAUUCUGGGCUGACUACGUUGACAAGAAGAUAUAUGACCUUGGACGGAAAAUAUGGUCCACGAAAGGAGAGGAGCAAGAGGCGGCGAAGAAGGAGUUCGUGGAGAGCCUCAAGCUUUUGGAAGGGGAGCUUGGGGACAAGCCCUUCUUCGGAGGGCAGGCCUUUGGGUUCGUGGACGUGGCUCUCGUCCCGUUCUACAGCUGGUUCUAUGCGUACGAGACUUGCGGGGGUUUCAGCAUCGAGGCCGAGUGCCCCAAGCUCGUUGCGUGGGCCAAGAGGUGCUUGCUCCGAGAGAGCGUGUCCAAGUCCCUUCCUGACCCUGAGAAAGUUCAUGGGUUCGUGCUGGAGCUCAAGAAAAAGUAUGGGGUCGAGUGAGCUGAAGUUUUCAGGUUGGAAUAGAAUGGGGCUCAUUUUGAUCUCCUGCUUUCUGUAAGGGAUAUAUAUAUAUGUAUGUAUGUAUGUAUGUAUGUAUGUAUGUAUGUAUAGUUUGUGAUUAAGAACCUAAUAGCACGUUCUUCGCCUAAUAAUGUGUAAUUAUAAAGUUGCGGAACACUGCUCUACGUCAUGUCUGUAAUUCUUCUAAUGGAGUUCGAGCAUCACAUCGACAAAUAAUCUGGUCAUCCUCAGCCAGUUAUGGGCAA